CCACUAGUUUCGUUUUCGGUUUCCCUUCAGUCUCCGCCCCUCAGAGGAACUACACAAACACGGAAGCAGGAGAGAGCUGGGGUUUAGGACGUGCUGCUGACUGCCUCUGACUGCAAUCAUGAUUUUAACACUAAUAACCACUACAUUGCUCGGUUUCGGGUCUGUUUUUACAGAUGAAGUCCCUCCCCCGCAGAAUCUGAGAAUACAAUCAGAGAACCUUGGUCUUGUUUUGGAAUGGGAUCCACCACAGACAGCCACUGGGAAAGACUUCAGAUAUACAGCCGAGUACAAAUCAUGGGCUAUGUUUAAUUUAGUUUGUCAGAAUGUUUCAUCACUGAGCUGCAAUUUCACCAAGGAUGUCACCCCUUAUGGAACAUACAUAUUUCGUGUAAAAACAGAACUGAAUGGAAAAAGCUCUGUUUGGAUCGAAAUUGAGUGUCAACCUUUGGAAAAAAUCACUGUUAUUGGUGCUCCAGAUGUGAGGCUGCAAAGCAGAAGAGGGACAAUGGAGGUUGACAUCACUGAACCUGUCCUAAGGAAAAGCAACCUUAAGGAUGUUUAUGGAAACAUUUUUUAUCGCAUUCGUUACUGGACUGAAGGAACGCCAGAAAAAGAGGAGUUGGUGGAACAGAGCAGAGUGAUGCUUAUGAACCUUUUACCAGAAAUGCGCUACUGCGUAGAAGUGGUGAUCGUUUUGGAUCACAAAAAAAACAGCCUCCCGAGUAACAUAACCUGUGAAAUGAACACUGCUAGUGAUGAGGUGGAGUCAUGGCUGAUAGCAGUGGUGCUGUUGGUCAGUUUCCUGGUCACUCUGAUUUCUGUCCUCCUGAUUUCCCUGGCUGUAUGGUCUGGCUACAGAGGAAUCCGAUUUCUGCACCCACGGGCCAAACUACCUGAGCACUUUAAACAGUAUCUGUCAGAGCGUCCCAGUUCAUCCAUACUGUUGGCCAUGCAGAUCAGUGCUCAGCCCAAGGAGCUUUACCAUGAGUUCAGCAUCAUCACUGCUCAAGAAAUUCCUCCUGAAUCCAAGCAGAAAGAAAGCUCAAAACCAACUCUGCUUAAUGCAGAUAUGAAGCAUGUUUGCUCUGAACAAGAGGGAAAGCAGAGCUGAAGGAGUGGACUUGUGACAGAUUGCAUUGUGAAAAUGCACUUCAGGAUGAGAGUCAGUCAGCAGAUGCAGUGAAGGAGCUUCAUCUGCAAUAACUUUUCAUAGCGUAUAUUCACGUUUAUAUUCAGAAGAACUUUUUCACAUUGAAACCUUUUCAUAUCCAUUGUUAGCAUGCAGAGGAUCAGAAAAGCUGUUUACAAAGUUUUAUGCAUCCUUUUUUAUUCUACUGGCCAGGGAUUUUAAGUUUGGUGAAAAUACUUCUCUGAUUCAGUAUUUACGAGUUACAUGGCCAUUUUUUGAAAUCAUCUCCUCAUUCAGGGACACUUUGCCAGGAAACGUUUACAGGAUUCGUGUAGUCUGCAUUGUUUGAUGAAAGUGAAGAUUUUUUAAAAUUGAGUGAAAUAUUUAGUGAAGUUCAUUUUUCAUAUUGCACUUUAUAAGAUAUGUAUAUUUUUAUUUUAUUAUAAUACAUUUCCAGUAAGGCUACAUACAGUAUUGCUGAUAUGUUGUUGGGUCAAUUCAGAACUAAUCACCACAUAACCAGUAAUAAUGUUAUAGACAGUUCUGCAUAUAUAAUGUCAUUUUUUUGUGUGUAUGUGAUUUUAUAUGCUUUUCCCACGCAGUGCAUAGAAUUAGUGUGUACUUCUAUUAGUAUAUUUUUCCUAAUUUUUCCUCUGUUGUUGUUGUUGAGAUUUUGUUUAGUAUAUGUGGGUAGUGCUGAAUGAAGAGCUAAAGUUUUUAGGAUAGUGACUUGAAGGUUUUAAGUUGAAAUCCCAGCACUACCAGGGCAGAGUCUUUGAGCAACACCCUGAACCCUCACCUGCACAGCUAUAAUAAAUGCUGGAUAAGAGUGUUUGCUGAACUAUGAUUUAAUAUUACCUUUGGUUGUUAAAGCUCAGGUUUACUCCUGUUUAAUAGUGACAUUACAUGUGCUGUGUUAAUGGAGUGUUGAUUAUUAAUGACGUUGGCCUAUUGUACAAUUGCAGGUCAACUUGUCUACCUGUAAAUAUCAACACUUUGUUUUGUUAUCAAGCUCUUUGAAAAAUAAAGUGUGGAAACUUACAAUUUAAAGAACAGAAAAGAAAGGUAGUCGUAAUCAUAGACAGUAGAACUGUUCCGUUCAUUUUAGGGAAAAGAAACCAGAGCUCCACCCUAGGCAGAUAGGGGGUUACAAAGAAAAAGAGGAAAAUAUAUCUGUCUAAAAUAGAAAACUGAAAUCUACCUAAAAUAGGAAAAUGAAAAACUGAUGAAAGAUGAACUGAUGAACUCCUGCAAACUGUGUGCUCUGCCUAAUCAAACAGGAGGAGACAAAAUAAUUUCCAACAUUAACUCUAGCCUAAAGCUAACUUGAUCUUAGCCAAAAUGCCAAGAAGGGAUUACCAGCUAAAUACUCCUACCAGUAGACCACCCCACUGAAAGGCCAAAACUACCACACAGAAGUUGGUCAAAUACACAGGAAAAAUUUUGACAGAGAAGGGUGAAAGAAUUGGCCAGGGAGGACUGACUGGCCGGACUCCUCCCCAUAGAUCUCUCCAAAAUCUCUCUUUUGUCAGGGCUAUCUGGCUAUCUGGCUCAACAUUUAACAUUAUAAAUACAUAUAGGACCAAAAGUAUGUUGACACCUGAACAUCACUGGAACUAAUAGGCCCAAAAUCUAGUGGAAAGCCUUCCCAGAAGAGUGGAGGAUAUUAUAACAGCAAAUGGGGAAUCAUCUGUGUAGGACAUGCAUGCUUCUAAUCGCAUUUAAAACCCUGAACGUAGUAUCGGCUCGUGUUAGUUUAAUAUCUUAUAUGUCCUGUAUAUUAUGUCAUAAUAACAUGAUUUUUAUUCUCGUUCAUACCAAAAGUGUGUGCAGGACUGUUUUUUUUUUUUUUUUUUAAAUCCCACUCUUGUGGUUUGUUUUGUUUCUUUUUUCAAAAAUAUACAGAAACAGGCCUAACCACUGGGACACUGACCAGCACAAAGCACUUACUGUAGACGGUACAGUACACCUGCUGCUCAAGCGUCCAGCAGCCUACACAUGAACAAGCUUCAUAUCUGACCGUGUCAGUUUAAUGUCUCAUAGGUCCUCUAUAUUAUAGGUGCAUUCCAAUAGGAAGGUCGUUUCUAGAAGUCCUAGACUGUCGUUUACAGUUAUUUCAUUCAGAAAUGUUCAAACGACUAUGUUUGGUGCAGGAACGCCUUCUGAAUCACUGCUCUGUUUUUUCCAUACAAUAAAUGAGAAACAAAGAA